CAAUUUCCCCCCCCCUCCCCGCCGCCCGAUCCGCCCCCGAAGUAACUCCUGGAGGAUCGGAGCGCGGCGGGAGGAGCUUGCGGAGGAGGGACCCCCCCGGCCAACACUUCUGGUCUAAUGGACAGUCAGUCCAUUAUCACCCAGGUUAGCAAGGAAGAGGUGAACACCCCUCUGCAGGAGAAAGGUGCUCACAGCCCAUCGCCGUCCAAGAAGCCCCGGAACCGCAGCAUCUUCCAGUCCCUGUUCUGCUGCCUCUGCCAUGACGCCUCGGACCCCGUCCCGGUCAACAACAACGCGCCCCUGCUGGUGGAGGAGAACGGCGUCGUGCCCAAGGCCGCUGUCAAGUACCUGUUGCCCGAGAUCAAAGCCCAGGACGCCAGCAAGCUGUGUGUGGUCAUCGACCUGGACGAGACGCUGGUGCACAGCUCCUUCAAGCCCGUGAACAACGCCGACUUCAUCAUUCCUGUCGAGAUUGAUGGCAUCAUGCACCAGGUGUACGUGCUGAAACGCCCGUACGUGGACGAGUUCCUGCGGCGCAUGGGCGAGCUCUUCGAGUGCGUGCUCUUCACCGCCAGCCUGGCCAAGUACGCGGAUCCCGUGGCUGACCUGCUGGACAAAUGGGGAGCUUUCCGUGCCCGCCUCUUCCGCGAGUCCUGCGUCUUCCACCGCGGCAACUACGUCAAGGACCUGAGCCGCCUAGGCCGGGACCUGAGCCGCAUCAUCAUCGUGGACAACUCCCCGGCUUCCUACAUCUUCCACCCCGACAACGCGGUGCCGGUGGCAUCGUGGUUCGAUAACAUGGCCGACACGGAGCUCCUGGACCUGCUGCCUUUCUUUGAGGGACUCAGCAAAGUGGACGACGUUUAUACAGUGCUAAAGCAGCACCGGACUAGCAGCUAGUGACCCGGGGCCGGGCGAGAUUCCCCACUCCUCCCUCUGCCGGCUGCCCCACUGAUCUACCCACAAGCCCCAGCGCCAGCCUGCAGCUUCUCCGGGGCGCGGAGCGGAGGCUGCGACAGGCGGCGGAGGGGCUGGGCGGGGAGCCUAGCGUGGGGCUCACACCCGCCAGGCAUGGGGGAGACGCCCGGCCGCAUCACUCAAAACCAGCCACAAACCUGGACUUUUGUCGUCACGUAACGGUUCUUCUCCUGGAAACUGGGGAGGGCUGGAGAACCACGGCCCGGUCCCCUCUGAUUGGCCUGGGGGGUCCAGAACCACGGCCCGGUCCCCUCUGAUUGGCCUGAGGGGUCCAGAACCACGGCCCGGUCCCCUCUGAUUGGCCUGGGGGGGCUCAGGACCACGGCCUGGUCCCCUCAGCUGGGCCGGGGGGUUCACAGAACCGCGCCCCAGCCCCAUCUCGCUUGCCGUGGAGGUGGGAGAGGCAGGGGGGGUUGGUCCCAGGAACCCGGUCCAGAGAUGCUUAGCCAUGGAGGGCAGAGACCCCGUCACCCCCCGGUGCAGGGUGCAAAGUGCCCCCAGGAGGUGGGUGGGGGCAUUUUUGCCUGCUUUGCCCGGAUGGGAACGACUCCCCCAGCUGUGGGUGAAGGGAAUUUGGGGGGCCUGUGACCCACACGAUAGCUGGGUCCCAGAUCCUGCCCCCUCCAGAAGGCUCUGGGCUCCUGUUACCCACUGGUGGGGUGCAGGCCCCGUUCCAGGGGGAUCCUGCAGGGAAGAGGGGGCAGGAGGAUCAGUGCCAAGCGCUGGGGCCUGGAGGGGUGUUGGUUGCGAGGGCGGGCGCUGAGCAGAGGGGAUCGGCUCCCCCAGCAGGGCUGAGAGAGGAAGGACAUGGAGAGAGACUGGGGGGGAGAAGCCAGAGGGACUCACAGAGACUGGGCUAGUGGAAGGGAGGCGGGGCUAGCGGAAAGAAGGCGGGGCUAGCAGAAAGGAGGCGGGACUAGUGGAAGGGAGGCAGAGAGUCUGAGCUGAGCUGAGCGGAGCUGCUGGAGUAGCCUGGGGGGGGGGGCAGGGGGGAGGGCAGCUAAGUCCCCCCAGGCUCCAGGCAUAAGGGGACAGGGAUGGGCACUAAGGUGAGAAUUCCUGGGCGGCUGUUAAACCUUUCCCUGCUGGUUAUAUGGAGGGUGCCUGCCCCCCCCCCCCCCCCAAACGGUUCUUACUUCCCCAUCGCCUCUGGGCCUCACGGGGAAAUCAGAUUUCUAGGUGCCUUGGGACUGGGGGCCAUUGACCCCCUGGGCCAGUGCCGCUUGGCUUAUGCAAAUGUCGCCUUUCCCUGCAGUGCAUUGUGGGGCUUUAACCCCCCCACCCCGAGGAACUGCCAUUACGGCUGUCAGAAGCCAUCAAGGUGCCCCCGUGCUGUGGUUGGUUAGAGCAGGGAGUGGGCUGGGCCGUUGGGUUGAGCCCACCCCAGCCCUGGACAGGGUGAAGGGGGACAGUGGGAUCGCCCCAGGGGGGUCUCAGCUGGCCAUGGUUGGCAGCAGCUCUCCUGCCGGCCCGUGAGCUUCCUGGUGGCUCGGGGCUGCUGCAUUCCCAGCAGAUGAGGUGGGAGGGUGCAGUGACACCAGCAAAGAGCAACUCCACAGGCCUGCUUUAGAGAGACACCACCAGUGCCUGGAAGGAUGCCCCAUCCCCUUAACUCUGCCCUUCCCCAGGAAGCCGGGCCUGCAGAGAAACAAGCAGCAUCUCUGACUGCAGCUGUGGGGGGGGGGGGGGGGGGCUCCUUCCUCUGGGAUCACGUCUAUGUCUCCUUCUCUUUAGUGCCUUCAGCCCUCCCUGCUGCUUUCCAAACGGUUGGGGGGGGGGGCAGAUUCCCGGGCCUUGGGACUGGCUCAAACCUCUGCCUUCUCACUGUGUUCA